AUGUUGAACACGCCGGAGCAGAUACAAGAAAUUCUCAAACACCAACAGGCACAAUUCGAGGCCGCGGACCCAAGGAUGAUGGAGACCAUGUUACAACGUCUCAGCUCACAUCCCAAUCCAGCACGACCGGUUAAACAGUCCACAUCUAUUGACGCUGUUGCUGCAGACAUCACUGAAUUCGUGUACGACCCCGAUGCAGGAACUACAUUUCAUUCCUUGCUCAAACGUUGGGAAGAUGUAUUCCGUUUUGAAUUCGCAGAUGGUGAUGAUAGAUGGAAGGUGCGAUUAUUGCUCCAGAAGCUGGAAACUAAAGAACAAGACCGUUACACAGACACAGUCAUGCCCAAAAGUCCACGUCACUUCACUUUUGAAGAAAAGAUCCAGUAA